GAGUUGGAGAGUCUGAAGCAGUAUCCGGUGGAGAUCCUCUCAGGACUCCUGUACCUCGGAGACGAGAAGCAGAGCGCCGACUGCAGCCUCCUCAGAGAGAUGAAGAUCAGCCUCAUCAUCCUCCUCUCUCAGCAAUCCAUGAAGGGGAAUCAGGCCAUCGUUAACUUCCCGGUGGACGACUCAGUGAAAUCUGACUUAUACUCCAGCUUUGAAAGAAUCUGUGAUCUGAUUGCCUCGACCAUCGACUCGGGCUCUCGGGUUCUGAUCGCUUCUCCUCGAGGUCGAAGUCGCUGCAGCGCCGCCACCAUCGCCUUCCUCAUGAAGCACCGAAAACACACACUGCAG